AUGGCUGCUCCUGAGAAAGAUCCAGACCUGAGGCUGCUGCAGAAGAACCCACUGGACCCCAGCAGCUGUCAGAAGAGCCAGUUCCUGGAGAGUGAGUGGAAGGCAGCCAUGGUGUCCCUGAGGUCCCUGAGCCGCUGUCCCAGCGUGGCCGAGAGCAGGGACGGGGGCAUUGGCACCUCCUGCUCGGACAGCACCGAGGACUUUUGCAACUCCAGUAGCGGCUCCUCAUUCCACCCCAUCAAAACCCAGGUGACCAUUCCAACGGCCCACGUCAUGCCUUCCACGCUGGGCGCCUCGCCCUCCAAGCCGUGCCCCGCAGGGGACCAGGGCUCUGCACAGCCUGCCGGGCCGGGGCCGGCCAGGAACGGGGAGCUGGACGCCGGGAAGGCCUCGCAGGUGCCGCCCAGGGAGCUGCUGCGUCUGUGCAGGGCCUCGGGGGACGGCGGCUGCGAGCACGCCUGGCCUCCCGCCGCCGAUCGCACCUGGAAGUUCGACACCCCUGCCGUGGAGCAGACCCUGAACCAGUCCCUGCUCACGGACAGCCUGUGCACCGAGCCCCUGCACAGGUGCCAGCAGUUCAACCCCAGCGCCGAGGCGGGCAAGGACCAUUACAAGGUGCUGCCAGAGAGCAAACAGGCGCCCAACGGAGCCUGCGAGCCGCGCGACGCGCCGUGGCCCGGCGGGAGCAGGGGGAUGCCGGCGGGGCUCCAGGCCAACAGCUUCUAUUCCAAACCCCUGGCAGCUCCCCCAGGCAGACCCUGGCUGCAGGAGGGCUGCAGCCUGCACCCCCACCAGGGAAUCUGCGAGCUCAGUGCCUGGAAACAGCAGCUGGACAAGGUGCGGCUGCAGGUGGAGCAGAUGCAGUUACAAAAUGGAGGCGCCUGCCCCCAUUCCUCUCUGUGUUCCCCAUCCCUGCCUGCACCUGAACCAGCCCAGUGGAUCAAUAUCCUGAGCUCCAAUGAGAACCUGCUCAAGGAGAAGGAGCUCCUCAUUGACAGACAGAGGCAGCACAUUUCCCAGCUGGAGCAGAAGGUCCGUGAGAGUGAGCUGCAGGUGCACAGCGCCCUGCUGGGCUGCCCAGCAUCCUAUGGAGACCUCUACAUGCUGAGGAUGCAGGAGCUGCAGAGGGAGAACACCUUCCUGCGAGCACAGUUCACAGAGAAGACUGAGAGCCUCAGCAAGGAGAACAUUGAGCUGGAGAGGAAGCUGGCUGCUGCAGAGCUGGAUGUGAAGCGGGGCCGGGAGUCCCUGAAGGAAACGGUGCAGAAACACGCAGAGGAGCUAAAGAAACAGGAGGAAAGGGUAAAGGGAAGAGACAAACACAUCAAUAACCUUAAAAAGAAAUGCCAGAAGGAAUCUGAACAAAACAGAGAGAGACAGCAGAGAAUCGAGACCCUGGAACGAUACCUGGCUGAUCUCCCAACCCUCGAGGACCACCAGAAACAGAGUCAGAAGCUGAAGGAAUCUGAACUGAAGACCACUGCCCUGCAGGAAACAGUGCUGACACUGGAAACAGAGCUUGGAGAUGUCCAGGCUGCUUUCAGGGAGCAAGAGCUGCAGCUGGAAACCCAAAAGCACAAGGAGAGGGAGCUCCUGUCCACUGUGCACAGCUUGCAGGACAAGUUGCAGCAGUAUGCAAAGAAUGCAGAGAGAGGAGCCCCUUGCCAGGAUGGGGAGAGGCAGAAAAUGGAGCAUGACUCUCUGAAGAAGGAGUGUGAGUGCCUCAGGAAGAUUGUGGACAAAAAGCAGAAGAAGAUGGAGCAGUUAUCCUUGCAAGUCAAGAACCUGGAGGAACAGGUGGCCCAGGAGGAGGGGACAAGCCAAGCUCUGAAGGAGGAGGCAAUGAGGAGGGAAAAUGCUCUGCAGCAGCUCCGGGCCGCCGUGAAAGAGCUGUCGGUGCAGAACCAGGAGCUGAUAGAGAAGAACCUGACGCUGCAGGAGCAGCUGCGGCAGGCGCAGGUGGCGGCGCAGCCCCUGCCUGCUGACACUGCCCGCCUGGCCCAGGAGCUGCACGGGGAGCUGGCCAGCUGCCUGCAGGAUUUACAGUCUGUCUACAGCAUCGUCACCCAGAGGGCUCAGGGCAAGGACCCCAACCUCUCCCUGCUCCUGGGCAUUCACUCUGUGCAGUACCCUGUGAGGGAGAAGGAUGACCUGCUGAGCCCUGACGAACUGGCCAAGAAGCUGGUGGAGGUAAAAGAGCUGCACAAAGAGGUGGAGGACUUGAGGACUGCAAUAUCUGACAGAUACGCUCAGGACAUGGGAGACAACUGCAUCACCCAGUGAAGAGCACUCCCAAAGUAAGGCAGGGAAUGAAGACUUGAAACUCUCAGGAGUCUUGUGCUCCUACAACCCUAAACUAUUCAGCACUUUACCAUCCCUCUGCUCGGGUACAGGACUUGUCUGAUCUGUGAGGAAUCGGGGGGUUUGUGGCCAGAAGUGCUGACUGGGAUGAUUCAGGGCUUCGGUGUCAGGCUUUGCAGUAGCUUUGAUCUUGUGGGAUGUGUUUUAUGCUGUGUUUGCUGGAGCUGCCGUGGCCUGUGAUGCUGGGAGAUGGAUUCUGACUUGCCUUGCAGGCAUGUCAAAUGCUGAACGUGCAAGUGUGACAGUUAAAAUGAUGGCUGAAAGGAAAUGUACGCCCUGGCCUCGCUGAUAACCUCCCUGUGCAGGUCCUGUGGGACCAGAGGCUUGUCAGGGUGUUUGUGGGGUAUCUGGGUUCCACGGGCAGGCAGGUGUGCCAGUUCCACUGCUGGCAUUUACAUCGAGGUGCUGCUGCCUUGGACUGAUGGAGCAGGACCUGCUCUCCUCAGGUAAUGCAGCCAUUCAGCAGCCAGCACGAGCUGAGGACUAAAGCAACACUAAAAGACUCUGGAGCUGCUCCCCCUGGGCACUGUUACCCCAGAAGCCUUAAGGCUGUUGUCCCCCUGCAUCAGCACUGGCAGUGGGCUGUGAUCAGACUGCAGAGCCAGUGGAUUGGUGCUGAAGUGCCUUAAUGAGCUGGAAGAACCCUCUGCCCCCACUCUGCUCCGUGCCUAAUGCAUCCCCUGGCAGGGGAGGGGCUGCUCUUCCCUCUCACAGCCUUUUAGAGCCAUCAAACCAUCCUGGGGAGCCCCAAGUGUCUGUGGGCCCUGCCAGAGCCCCCCAGAGCCUCUGUGCCCUGGGGACACCCCUGCUUUACUGGGGAAAGCCAUACUGCUCCUGAUGUGGAGGGGUGGCACAGGGAGCCCUUCUGCCAGCUGUGGCCACUUGGGCUCUGUCACAGCCCUGUCCCUCCUUCCCUGCUCCUCUGCGAGCGAUGGGAUUUCUGAAUGAGUCCCUGCGGGAUCAGUCUCACUGUCCCACCACCCUCCCUACCCCAGGGACAGCUUUACUGAGUCUGAGGGUGGAACUUGGGUUUUCAUCUUAAGAGCAAGAUGCCCAAGCUGUGACAGGGAAAGUCCUGCUGGCACUUGUGGUGUUUGGCUGCUCUUGGUCUGUGAGCCCUGGGUUUGGCAGAAAUGCUUUUGUUAUUCCUUUGUGUUACAAUUUUAAGACCAAAUCUGUUUUGUUCUCGGUGUUUGGCCACCAUGGGGGACUGGUUGGUUUGUCCCACACAGGGAGCACACAGCCGUGUCUGUCUGUCUGUCCUGCUGUCCCUGCGUGUUCUGUUCCUGGCUGUGUCUGUCCCCAGGCUGCUGGUGCUGUGUACUGGGGAAAACACUUUUCCAGGGCUGUUUUUGAA